CUAUUGUACACGUGAAGCUCAGAGAGGUGAAACAACCCGCCUGAAGUCACAAAGCCAGUGCAUGGCAGAGCUGGGGUUUGAAAUCCUGUCUGUGAUCAGAGUCCGAGUUCCUCCAUCUAAGCCACAGUACCUCCCACCCCAGUCCAUCCCCAGUCCAUCCCUACCUCACUACAACCAUCUCAGCAGUCUCUGUGUGUGGGUCCUGUAUCUGUGUGUGUCUUCCACGCAGUGAGCUCAGCAUUUCAUCCUGGAUAAAGAGGACACUUAGCAAAGCACUUUCCUUUCUUUAUUGGGAUUGAGACCAACUGUCUUAUGGUAAGAAACCAACCACUCCAUAUAUAAAGCACAGUGGUUAAGGGCAGGGGUUCUGAGACUUAGGGCUUUCAUGGAUUAAGAGAAUUAAUAAAAUAAAACUGGGUUCUAACACAGGGCCAGUGACUUUUGAUUUCACCAUUUAAAAGAACACUAUUUAUACUACUACUACUACUAUUAAUACUACUAGAAAUAAUACCUAACCAUCAUAGAGAGAGGCUAUGAUGUACCAAGCACUGUUCUCAGUCUUUACGUGAAUUAUCUGAUUUAAUCCUCAUAAAGAACCCUAUUCCAUAGGCACUGUUAUCCCCGUUUUAUAGACAAAGAAACUAAGAAUCGUUAAGUAAAUUGUUCCUGGGUCUGUGCUGAUAACCAUUACAAUAUAAGCUCACCCUUGAUUCAUAAAAGACAUCUUUGAAAAAAAAUCAAGCACACAAGGGAGACUCUAACCUCAGAAUUUGGGGAUAAAUACGUAAAAGCUCAGUGAAGUUGGACAGCUCUGGGUUUGAGUUUGGGGCAACUUGUUUGAUACUCUCUGUGCCUCUGUUCGACUGUAAUGAAAGCACUGACACCUACCUAAUGGGGCUAUUGUGAGGAGUAAAUAAGCCCUUCCCACGGUGACUGGCACAUAAUAAGGACCCCCAGUACAUACCAGCUGCAGGUUUACUAUUCCUCCUGGCACAGCCCUGCGAGCCCAUCUGCUGGGGAGAAGCUGGGUGUGGACAGGACAGCUUGGUCCUGCUUUGCAGGUCAGAUUGUUGCUGUGACUGACUAUCCCCCUCUCUCACUAACAGAAGCAGUCAGACAUUUGGGCUUUACUUCCCAUUGGUUGAAAUUGGUGUUGCCUUGGCAGCACGUGUAAACAUUCUGGCUGGGAAUCCUGGGGAAAAGCUGCCCAGAGACUUUCUGAGGCUUCCCGGGCUACUACUGUUCCAGACAAGGAUCUGGUCACUCAGGUAUCGAGGGUUAUUAAGGGUGGGAGGGUUCCACAAAAAGGACCUGCAAUUGUUCUCCCCAUUCAUCGCUCAGACCGCAAAUUUGGCCCUGGCCCUUCACACCCAUUUUGCCCAUCUGGCCUCUCAUUAGGAAGGGAAGGGGAGAAAAAGAACUAAGAGAGGCAGGUUGGAGGGAUGCUUUAGACUGGUGCCCACAGAUGUGUGAGGGUAACAUCUGAACUUUGCUGAGCCCUGCUCCCCCCUUUCCCUCUGCCACUGGAGCACAGGGCACCCUGGGUCCUUCCAUAGACAAGGCCCCUACCUCAUUUGCUAGGUGUCGAAGGGCACAGAUUUGGCUUCCAGUCAAUUUGUCAAGAAGCAGUUUGCUGAAAGCCAAGUCGCUGAAUGGCCAAGUGGCCAAAUGGGCCAUUUUCUGAAGGAUCACGUUGCUGUAUGGUUAACUCACCAAAGCCUACCGAAUUUACCAAUUUACCAAAAAACUAUUGUCUAACUAUAGAGUUUACGGCAAAUUGCUUUGGCCAAAUUGGCAUGGGCCUUGGGCUGGGGAGAGCUAGUUCUCUAGAGCUAAGGGCCUCCAGACACCCUUACCGCCACCCUUCAGGUCCUCCUCACUCUGGGAUGGGCAGCCUGAGAAGAUUCCACUUUCCUCCAGAGGAUGACGCUGUCCACCAGUUGCAGCAACAGGGAACUGAGGCAGAGGCAAACGAGCUUAAAAUGCUGACAUGAAACCCAAAUGAACACGAGUCAGUAUUAUUCCCAGAAUGUUUAAAGGCUGUUCACACCAUUUCUGGCCUGACGGCCAGGGGAACUGGGGUUGCUUUGUACAGCACUCACCACACCUUGGGACCCGUGAUGUCCAGAAAGGGAACAAAGGGUGACCCUUCUUGAAAGAGGCUCGCAGAAAGAGAGUGCGCACAUUCUGGACGGCAGACGGAAAUGUGAGAUCAGGGCCCCAGGACUCUUUGUGAACCUUGGAGGGAGGAGAGUGGGGUGAUUAAGAGCACAGGCUGUGGAGCCGGAUGGUCUGGUGUGAGCUUGGCUUCCUCAUCUCACAUGGUAACAGGAGUCCCUCUCUUUAUGACUCAGGGCCCCAGCAGGAAAUUGUUGGCAUAUAGAAAAUAGGAGAGGUGGAGAAGUGUUAAGUAAAGGGAAUAUUUACAAAGGUGUGAGCAGAGGGUAGGGAAAGGAGGGGCUGGUAACAGUGGGGCCAUGGGGUUGAGGGGAGAGGAAGGUUACCCUCACCAGACUGACAAGUUGUGAGCAAGCUGCCCCAGGACAGAUGGACACCUCCUCCACUCAGCCAGCCACGGGUGACCCUGGAGGCGGAGAACCCCGGUGAAUACACUCUUCUCCCUUCAGCCAGAGGGCAUGGGAGAGCCCACUGCUGCAGUCCCAGCAGGUCAGCGUUCCAGGGCAGAGAGUGGGGGAGGUGGGGAGAGUGGGCCUGGAAGGGCACAGGGAAGGUCUCCAGCCAUGAUCUCACAGCGCUGUGCUAAGAGCUAAAUGGAACGAGGCCCAUUAAACACCCCAAAUUGGGAGUUGCUAUUUUUACAAAAAUAAAUAGCUCCCCUGGGAGUGAGCGAGCCACUUUCACGCAGGGCCCACCAUGCAGGGAUUGCCUACAAGGGAUUUAUAACUGGCGCUAGAAGUGAGUGACUACUCCUCCAUGAGGAGACUUCAGUAUAGCAGGGAAAGAAGGAAUCCAAGACUCAAGGGAAAAAGAUGGAAAACGUGCAAAGACUUCUAGCUCUGUGAUGAACCCUUCACAGCCCUGAUAACUCUAAUCUCCACAGUCUCAACAAAUGCUAAAAGCAUUUGGAAAAUUUUAGUUAUCACUUAUAAACAUCUUACUAAAAUAGGAGCAGACAAAUGUUUUCUGAAUAAAUCUCAAGCCAUGAGCCAGCAUCAUACUUACUGGUGUGACACCAGAAAGCACACACACUGAAGCCCGACGCAAAAGAAGCAGGCUCACCAUCUCCGCUUUCACUUCCAUUUUUCUGUAAGUGUUACCCAAAGCUAACACAUAUAUUGUAGGAAAAGAGAUAAAAAAUGAUAGUUUCCGGCGGAUAAUUGUAUACCUGGAAAAUCCAAGAGAAAAAAACCUGAAAAACGAACCUCUCCUAUACUGUACUGCCUCUAAUCAUUUUGAUACACUUUUUUAAAGAGUCGCGUGCCCUCAGUGGCCUAAAGCAGGGGUUGAAGUUCUAAGAAAGACUCAACUGGAAAUCAAUAUUGUUAGAACUCUAAGGAAGUUAGGAAUCAUUCGGCUAUGUCUUGCUGAAGUCUUCAUGGUUAUGAGAAUUGGCAAAUCCUUGGUUUUCAGGAAUAUGGACCUCAACACCGUUUCCUGUGUCUUAUGAUUCUUCAAGAGAUAGUCUGUACUUAGACGAGAGUGUACACACGUGCGCGCGUGCACACACACACACGCAAAAAGUAACUUUUUGAGUUUUUUUCCAAGCCAAAAGAAAAUGAAUGUGACUAAAAAUGUCAAAUUUCAGAAGGAAGUAGAUGUGGAUAAAGGUCCCUACAAGCCAGAUGAUGGAUACAGAAGACACUCAAAACGUAACUGAACUAGCUCUAGCUGUAGCCAAGAAUGUCAUCGCUGCUGCUAUCAAGUUCGUGGAAGAAGCCAAAAAGCCCAUCAAAAAUAUCGACUGGAUCACACAGGGUGAAUUCACAGAAGAAAGGGGCCGUAAACAAAUUGAGGAUUUCGUUUCGCACUGGAAGUAUCACGGCCGCUGGGUGCACUACACAGAGUUUUUAAAGAGGGAAGAUGUGAUUCACAGCUUCCACUACAUCUACUGUGUACACUGGAGCAUCCCAACUGCUCGGAGACCCAUACCACGAAUCAGUGCCAGUGUCUACUUCACCAUCAAGAUCAACACAAACAAACCUCCGGAUACACCCAUUGAUGUCUCUUACGUCUUUGAGAGCCAUUCAGUGGUUCACAGACCAGGAACGACUCACUUUCAAGAAAAAUGCCUGAGGGACAUUAUUGAGGGCAAAUAUAUUUUAAUGAAUUCAAAUAUCUUCCAAUUAAACAGAGUCAGAAUCUUCCCGAAUAUUUUAGGAAUAGAUUUCUCAUCGGAGUGUGUUAAAAAUACAAUACUGUACAUUGAACCACAGAAUAGUAUUGAAUAAUAAAC